AUGUCAUCUGCUCUGAUUAUUGGUGGUGUUGGUUUAGUAGCUAUUGGAUUAACAGGACGUAUAAUGCUGAGAAAUCGUGCAGCUUUUCUCAAAUUUGCUAAAAUGUUACCUGUUGGAAAUGAUGUGUCGAAGUUCUAUCGUGGUGGUUUUGAAGCGAAUAUGUCAAGACGAGAAGCAUCACUGAUUCUUGGUGUUUCACCUAGUGCUCCAAUAUCAAAAGUUAAAGAAGCACACAAACGAAUAAUGAUUGCUAAUCAUCCUGAUCGUGGUGGUUCACCUUAUUUGGCUGCAAAAAUUAACGAAGCAAAAGACAAAUUGGAAUCAAUGAGAUAUGAAUAG